ACAGUUUAUACCCAGUAAUACUGAAUAAGAAAAGCAUAAAUUAAUUAAUCCAUUUAUUUUUCCCUUAUUCGAGCAUUUCACGUUUUUCGUAUAAUUCGUAAAACAUCAAAAAUUACACUCGCCGAGUACGGUAACACAAGCUGCGAUUGAUAGAACAAAGAUUCUUUUCAUUUCGAUAACGUGGAGAUUUCUGAUACGUUUGCAAUUAUGUCAUUUAGAAGAAAUGAAGAUGCGAUUCGAAGUGGAGUAGUCGAUUUAUAGACACACAUAAAUUUACUUUCGUUUUGUAAUUAAAUAAUUUAAUAGCGUAAAUGAUUGAUAGAGUAACGAUUGUUCAGCAAUGUGGUUUUUAAUACGAAAUUUUUUAACUUAUUUGUUACUUGCACACUUCGCGAUCAGCGGUCCAGAGGAAGAACAAGGUGUUAAAUAUGCAAAUAAAUGCGAAGUUUGCAAAGUCGUUGCCACGGAAUUGGAGGCCAGACUUGACGAAACUGGAAAAACGCACGAUGUGCUUGAAAUUGGCUAUUCCGUCGAUGAUGUCCUGCCCAAGAGAAAGAAGGAGUAUAAAAAGUCUGAGUUACGAUUAGUAGAAAGCACAGAGGGUCUUUGCGACAGAAUAUUGGAUUAUAACAUUCACAAAGAACGUUCGGACAGCACCAGAUUUGCCAAGGGGAUGAGUGAAACAUUCAGAACACUUCAUGGACUUGUGGAUAAAGGUGUUAAAGUUGAAUUAGGAAUUCCGUAUGAACUAUGGGAUAAACCAUCCGUAGAAAUCACAACUUUGAAAACGCAGUGUGAAAACUUAUUAGAAAAUCAUGAAUCUGAUAUAGAGGACUGGUAUCACAAUCAUCAAGGAGAAAUUCCUUUAAUUAGAUAUUUAUGUUCAGAGAGGGCAUUAAAGAAUGAUGAUGAUUCUUGUCUGAAAGAAAAAGGUGAUACUUUUAAAGAAAAGAAGGAGAAGAAAAAGAAGAAGAAGGGAAAAGACAAUGCAAACAGUAAAGAAAAAGAAAAAAAGACAAAGGAGGAAUUAUAAAUCAUUGACAAAUUUUUAUAUUCUUUUGUAAUCACAAUAGCAACUUCAGCAUAUACAUUUACAAUAAUUUUGAACUGUAUAUUUGCAUCUAGUCUGUAAUAAUUCUUCCAAUUAUUUGCCAUAAUUCACGUGUUCUUAACUAGGUACUUUUUAUUAACUAAUUUUUCAAGUAAUAAAAAUAAUGCGUUUGUGAUA